CCGUGCACCUCAUGGUGGCUGGCUUGCUGCAUGGGGGACUCUCUGGGCCUGGAGCAGUCACACCUGGCUCAAAGUUGACACAAAGCUCUGUCAAAGCUCUUUCCACCAGAGGCCCAAGAGCAAAGCCUAGACUUUCUAUCUAAGAAACCUGAAAUGCACACCCAAGGCUUCCACUUCCUGCCAGAGAAACCUCUGUGACUCUGUUUCCUUUUCUGCGUUACUAAGAUCGUGACACCAAGCCCACGUUACUGCAGAAGUGAGCAAAGAACAGGGCAGCCACCAUGCAGCUCAUCCUCCUCCUGUGUCUGAUGCUCCUUAGUCCUCAGGUUGCUACCAUCCACCAACGCCACCAUGCCAGGGAGAUGAAGAAGAAGGGCAGGGAGCCCUCUGUGGGAGACACAGUGGCCACCAGCAGUAAGGACUUCACCUUUGACCUCUACAGAGCCUUGGCGUCUGCUGCCCCUGGCCAGAAUGUCUUCUUCUCCCCUGUGAGUGUGUCCAUGAGUGUGGCCAUGCUGUCCUUGGGUGCCCGUGCCCACACCAAGGAACAGAUCCUGGGGAGUCUGGGCUUCAGCCCCCAGCACAGCCUAGAGGACGAGCUCCACCUACAUGAGGGCUUCCAGAAGCUCCUGCUGGAGCUCAGCCAGCCCAGAGAGGGCUUCCAGCUGAGCCUCGGGAAUGUUCUCUUUGCUGACCCUGCAGUGUCCAUUCAGGACACCUUCCUGAGUUCCAUAAAGACGCUAUACCUGGCAGAUACUUUCUCCACUGACUUUGGGAACCCCACAGAGGCCCAGAAACAGAUCAACGACUAUGUGACAAAGCAAACUGAGGGCAAGAUUGGGGACCUGAUUCAGAACCUGGACAGCACCCAUGUCAUGGUGCUAGUGAAUUACAUUUUCUUUAAAGCUAAGUGGGAGACAGGCUUCAGCCACAAAAACACCCAGGAACAAGACUUCCACGUGACAUUGGAGACAGUGGUGCGGGUGCCCAUGAUGAGCCGCGAGGAUCUGUAUUACUACUUCCUGGAACGAGACCUCUCCUGCUGGGUGGUAGGGAUCCCUUACCAGGGCAAUGCCACUGCAGUGUUCGUUCUCCCCAGUGAGGGCAAGAUGGAGCAAGUGGAAAACAGCCUGAACGGGAGCCUGCUGAGGAAGUGGUUUCGGAUGUUCACAAAGAGGCAACUCGAGCUUUACCUUCCCAGGUUCUCCAUUGAGGGCUCCUACCAGCUAGAGAAAAUCCUCCCCAAGCUGGGGAUCAGUGAUGUCUUCACCUCCCAAGCUGACCUGUCUGGUAUCACCAGCCACUCAAACAUCCAGGUGUCUGAGAUGGUGCACAAAGCCGUGGUGGAGGUGGAUGAGUCGGGAACCAGAGCAGCUGCAGCCACAGGGACCAUCUUCACGUUCAGAUCAGCCCGGCUGAGCUCGCAAAGGAUUGUGUUCAACAGGCCCUUCCUCAUGUUCAUUGUGAAGAACAUGAACAUCAUCUUCCUUGGCAAAGUGGCCCGCCCCUGACAAGGGGCUUCCCCUGAAAUGCACAGGUCUCCACAGUGGGACUCAGGGCUAUGCUGUGGGUCAUCUGUCUGCCAGUAGCUAAUGAUGCAUGUAGGUUUACUUGCCUAAUGAGGUGUCAUAAAUAAUAAUGAGGUCAAUAGACUGAUAACUGCUUCUUCUCACCCAGUGGCAAGACAUGGGUGCCUUGGACAAUGCUGGAGAACUUGAUCUUUCUCUUACCUUUUACCAGUGGAUGUUAGCCCUGAGGCCCAAAGAGGUCAACUUAUUUGUCCAAGUUGUGUUAGUGGCACAGACAGACCUAGAGUUCAGUCCAGUGCCACAAAACUCUGAACGAGAGUGGUCCCAGUAAAUGUGGGCCACCACCAAGCACAUUUUAAAGGCUUUUCCCUACUUAUCAACAACAACAACUCAGAGUUCAUCAUGAUUUGGAAAGUGCUGCAAUCAGGAUCUGGGAUGGGGCUACUGGCCCAACCCUAGCCAGCUAUAUCGCUGCAAUAAAACUUGGCCUCAGUUUCCCUUCUACACAGUGAAGCUGUAAUCAGGACUCUUAAAAAAGGCUGAGCCAAUCAUACAUUAAGUAAGACUGUUGGGCACCAGUGUGGAAGUGAUCCAGUGCAGGAGCCCAUGCAUGGGAUGGUAUCACUCAUGGACCUGGCAGAGCAGGAGAGUGGAGGUCUAUUGCAAACAGUAGAGCACCAAUUGUAGACACUGAUGACCAGCUUUCUGAACUUUAUCUUGACAACAACAAUAAAGGAUUU